UUUGUUACUCAAUACAGAAAAGUAGAAUUUUUCACUGUCGCAAUAUUAAGAAAAGUAGUUUGAUCAUAGCAAGCUUUAGAAGUCGUUAAUUGAAGUUAAAACACAAUUUAAAGAAAUACCUCUGUAAACAAAAUGGUUGAAACUGGUAAAAAGUUAAGUGAAUUAAGGGUUUCUGAUCUGAAACUUCAGCUUGAGAAACGGAAAAUGGAUACUGUUGGUGCUAAGGCCACAUUAGUUGAACGUUUAGAAAAGGCCUUAAAGCAAGAAGGCCAUGAUCCUCAGAAAUACGUUUUUAAAAGUGGAGAUAAAAUAACUCCAAAAUCUAAAGAUAGAACUGGAACGGAAGAAAUAAAAAUAAAGGAAGAACCCGUUAUGGAUGGUUACCCAGAAGACAGUCGUGAUGGAUUUCAGUCUGGUAAUGAAAAUGGCGAUGCAGAUGCGAACGUUGAUGACGAGAUUGAUCAAGUGGGAACUGUAGAUGACGAGUGUGUUAUCAUUGAAAAUGAAGAUGAAGAGUCUCAAUAUGUUGAUGAUGCAGAUGCUGAAGCAGACGUCGAUGCUGAUGCUGACGCUGAUGAACAAGAAAAUGAGGAAAAUGAACGUGGUGAAGGUGAUGAAGUGCACGAAGAAGAGGACGAAGAAGAAAUUAGUGAAAAUAAUAAUCAUGACACCGAAGAAUCAAUUAAUUUGACAAUUGGCGAAGAAGAGCAACAAUUAUUACAUGAAGCUGCAGAUGAAAAGGAAAAAACAGCUGAAGCCAGCAAAUCACAAAAGGAUAAGAGCUCAGCUAAGGAACAACAAAAUAUCGACAAAGGAAAAAAAGAUGAGAAAAAGGGUGGCAAAGAUGAGGCUUCCAACAAAAAUAAGAAAAAAGAAGAGAAGUCCAUUGACAAAAAAGACACGAGUGAACAUAAAUCGUCAACAAAAUCGUCACAUAAGGAUGAAAAAGAAAAGACUACUAAUGCAUCAACUGUUAGCAUCUCAUCGAAAUCCUCAAAGCCUACAGUUCCAUCACGUAAUUUAUGGGUUUCCGGUUUAUCAACAUUGACACGUGCAAGUGACUUGAAAACAAUUUUCUCCAAGUAUGGCAAAGUAAUCGGUGCAAAGGUUGUUACAAAUACGCGUACACCGGGUUCCCGUUGUUACGGUUACGUUACAAUGUCAUCAUCAUCUGAUGCUACUCGUUGUAUCGAAAAUUUGAACCGGACUGAACUGCAUGGCCGCAUUAUAUCUGUGGAACGUACAAAAAAUGAAAUUGGUAAUACAUCAAACGGAGCUAAGGACUCAGCAAAAGUUACAGGUUCGCGUUCAGCAUCCAAAAAGAAAGAUGACGACAAAAAAAGUUCUGCUAAAGAUGGUGCCAAACCUUAUGAUGAAAAACGGAAACUUGGUGAUACUAAAAAAGACGAUAAGGACAAAGAUAAGGGAAAGGAUAAAAAAGAUGAUAAAGAAGCCAAAGAUGAAAAAUCAAAUGACAAUAAACGUUCACGUGACCCAGUUCGUUCCAAGGAAGUCGAUAAAGAGCGUGAACAGCGCAUACGCGAAAGGGAACGUGAACGCGAGCGCAUACGUCAACGCGAAAUUCUCUCUUAUCAAAAGAUACGCGAAGAAAGGGAACGUCAGCGUUUGCGUCAAAAGGAAAGAGAAUUGCGUGAAGAGGAACGUCGUCGCCGGGAGAUACGCGAUCGUCAACGUCAAGAAGAAAUUCGUCUAGCAGAAGAACGCAGAAAGUUGGCUCAGGAACGUGAACGUCUUGAACGAGAAAAGGCUGAGCUUAUGCGUUUGGAACGUGAGCGUCAAAAGUUGGAACGUGAAAAAAUUGAACUGGAACGACUUGAGCUAAAGCGCCAACAAAUGAAAAUGUUACAAGCUCGUGAGGAACCCAUCAAACGUCAUUCGAAGCACACUAGUGAUGAUCGGUAUGCUGAAGUUUCCGAACGUAAACGUACAACAACAAAUGAAGGACGUAUGGAAGCACCACCACCACCUAGGUUUGAUGCCAGCUUAGUAUCCUCAAGAAG